UAUAAUCGCCACGUUACCAUGAUGCGCAACGUAUCCGCCGCCAUAGCCGCCGUUUUCCUGCUGGUGUCCGUUGUGACGCUCCUUCUGCUCCCGACUGCCGAUGCUGCCAGCGAGCCCGUGUGCACCUAUCGCAACUCGGAGGAUGAGACCAUAUUCCUCAAGUAUCUGCCGCUCCUGAAGCGAGGCGAGGACUAUGUUGACUUUGGCAAGGAGGGAAAGUGCCUGAAGCGGGCCAUCUGCACGGACACCUUCAAGACCAUUGUGGAGAGCUGCGCCCAGCACAAGAUCACCUGUGCCAACAAGGAUCGCUUUACUGGCGUCUUUCCCGGCUGCUGUCUCAAGUGUCCUUAAGUUCAAUAUCGUGUGGGUUCUAUUUUCCAAAUAAGGGUAAAGGUGUUGAGUUAAAAAAUAACUAACUUGAUUUAUAUUGGAAUACUUGUUAAAUAUGAUAAAUUAUUACAAUUCCAACGAAUAAAAAAAACAUAAUUUUUAAA